ACAAUUCGACGACGAUAACGACACACGUUUUGUUCGAUAUUCUUUUGCCACUCAAAUCUCAUCCUUAAUGCCACGUCCGGUACCCCGCAAUGAACACCAAAGCCAGCGUGGGACGCGGACGACGUCAUCGUCGCCCGCUGUCAGGUCUCGCCGUGCCCGACGGUCCCGGUCGCCCGGGAAGCGCGGGCGCACAAGUCCUUCCAAGAGGCGCCAGAGGAGCCGCCCGCGGGGUACCUACCCUUCGCCUCGCCGAAGGGCAAACCACGCGCAAGUCUUCGACGCUACGCGUAUGCCGCCCACUGCCUUCUCCGGGGUCCCGUCGUACUCCACCGUAAGCGAGGAGCUGCCGCACAACGAGAGAAACACCGCUGCCAGCCUGCGGAACCUCCCAGGUGAUGACCAGUCACAAGACGUCCUCAUGAGAUCGAGUGCCGUUGUCCUAACUGUUGCAUUCGUCAUGCUUCUGGGAGUCGCUUGCGUUGUAAUUGCCCACAGAACCGGAGGCCAAAUUGCUUCUUCGUUGCCAACGCGCGUAUCGAAUUACGCCAGGCCGCCCAUCGAUAAAGCGGCGCCAAACACUGUUCACUCUAAGAACGGCCCAACCGAAAUUGCCGUCAAGAACCUAGACCCCACACCACUUGGUGGUCUGCGAAACGUGCCUCGAAACAUGCAUAGCGCAUUAGGGGCAUUUCUUCGCAAGACCCACAGGCCACGAUCUUUAGGAAAUGGGUACGAGUGCACAACGGAGGGUUGCUCCAAGGAAGGGGAGCGACUGGCCAGCCAAAUGGACUCUCUCUUGAACCCGUGCGAUAAUUUCUACGAACACAUCUGCGCCAACUGGGCCGAAGAACAUCCCGUCCCGAAAGGGGGUGGUCACGUAUCCUAUCGCUCGACACUGGUAGAGUUUGUUGAGAAACGACUCGACGAAGUCGUCCGUGAGGAAUUGCGUAAGAUUCUUUCGGCGCCCUUGUCCUUCAAUGUGCUGUCCAGCCAAGGAAAGGCUAUCCUUUUGAGGAAUGCUUGCAUGUCUGAAGAGCGUCUUAACGAUCGUGGCCUGCGACCGCUGAAGGAGGCUCUUGCAAGUCUGCACCUUCAUGAGUGGCCAACUGUGAAGAUAGAGUUCAACGUCUCUCUAAUCGAGAAAGUUGCCGCUGCUCUUGCGUCUCGGCUGGGUGUGUUUCCUCUUGUGUCCGUCAGCGUCGAACGAGAUCCCGACGACAGUGAAAAGUACGUAAUUGCCAUGGACGAACCUUCACGAGAAGUUAUUCGGAGAAACGAGUUUUUCCUCAACGAACACGAAAUGCUCGAAUAUGAGAGCGUCGUGCGUAAAGCGUUCGACAAAUUGAGUAACCCUGCGCUGUCCGACCUCCUCGGCAGCGCUGUUCUCGGGUUGGAGGACGAAGUCGCGCAAGCUACCCUUCCGAAAACACCUCAGGAAGAAAAGGUACGCCGGCAUAUAAAGAUGCAAGUGAAUGAGCUGCCGUACUGUAGUAAACUCCGAUGGGUGAGGUUCUUGAAUAAGACUUUCGAAAAAAUACGUCCGGUUACUCAUAGGGAGGUCGUUCUGGUCAAAAACUUGCCCUUCCUGAAGAAGCUCGUGGAAGUUCUGGAAGGCCGUCAGCGACGAACCAUCAUCAACUACCUCGGGUUUAAGGCGUACACAGUGUUCUCCUUGCUCCUACCACCGAGAUCGGAUGGUGAUAUCACAAAGUAUUAUGGUCGAAUACUAACGGGGCGCCAUCAAAAUGUUCCACGUUGGCGGCUGUGCCUUCGCAUGGCCGAAGACGCCAUGCCCUUCGCAUUCUUGUCCAUGUACCACGACAUGUUCGUCAAAGAUCACAACGUUCUCAAUCUCCGCUCGUCCAUCAGCAGAAUGAAGGAUUUCUUAGGCAGCUCGGUCGAAAACAUCACAUGGCUGUCCGGUCGCGACGUACCGAAGGCACUUGAGAAAGUCAAACAGCUCGACUUCGUGGACUUCUUCCCUGGUUGGGUUCUCAGUGAAGAAGAGAGGAACGUCUUCUACGAGACAGUGCAGUAUGUUCCAGUGGGAAACGUGCUCCUCAGCCUAGUAAAUGCCAGAGCCACGCACGUGGGCCAUCGAUUUCGCCAACUUGUGCACAGCCUUAAGCGUACCAGUUGGUUCGGCUCUGUCUUCGACAUCCACGCAACGUACGAUCCGCUCAACAACACCAUCUACGUGCCCAUGGCAAUGUUCGUCGAGCCAAUGGGUUUCGACAGCACCGAUACACCACUGUACGUACCACGAACGCUCGUCGACGUUGCCAACAUACUUAUGAGCAUCGUGUCUGGAUACGGCUCCCUCUUCAGCACUCAGGACAAGGCGCACGAGUGGUGGACAACAGCAACGAAGGAAUCGUAUAAAAACUACAGCAGCUGUCUUGCGACGCAGUAUAACAAGUCGCUAAGCAUGAGCCUGGCCGGAGCUCUGUACCGUGAUUUUACCGUAGAGCCCAAUGUCAGGGAUAAUGCGGCUCUGCCGUUUCUGUACGAGAUGUACAAGGCGAGCUUGAAAGAUCAUGGCAUCCGCGGUCAUUCCCUGUUGGCCAAUGUGCCCAAUGCCACUACUGAGCAACUUUUCUUCGUUGUUUAUGCUACGAGGUUCUGCGAAAAUGCGAACGAGGGAUACGUGGAGAUGCAUCUCAAGAAUGUGCCUCUGGCAUUGCCGUCGGACAGGGUCAAUAUCCCGCUGUGGAACAGCUUUCAAUUCACGGAUGCCUAUCACUGCCGCAAAGGCAGCAAUAUGAACCCGUUUAAGAAGUGCAAGUUCUGGAAAUUUCAAUGAAAGUGCUAAAGUAAAUAUGGAUAGCCUCUGCAUCGCGUAUGACGAUGGCAGCAAGCUUCCGCUAUUAUCUUUAUUGUACGCCGCUCUGUGUAAAGUCUCUCAUGCCUAUAGUAUUCGAAUGUGAAUACAGUUUGCGCUCCUUUG